AUGUACAUCGACACUGCGGCUGCCAACAGUCGCUCAAUGCGACCCCAAAUCAUAAUAUCCCCAUCUCCAUACAAUGAACGCUCCACGCCGCUUCUGGAAAGCUUCAUAGGCCAGACUUCAGAAGCACCACCCACAUAUCUUGAAGCCACUACCCCUGGCCUCUACACGAGUCGCCAGAGCAGGGGAGAGGGCGCCAGGCUGCUCUCCUUCGAUGGCCAAGAAGCCAGAGAUGCAACUUUCAAAGAAGACCAGUAUGACGGCCCAAGUCUGAGGCAGCGCUGCAUAAGGAAUACGUGGGUCAAGCUGCUUGCUGCAGUGCUUUGCUUCAUGUUUCUUGUCGCCAUGCUGGCUUUGAUGGCGGCAGCUGUGUCGGUUCGAAGGGACAAGCCAGGCGUAGUAUCUGCUCCCCAAACUUCAGCCGAGGCUGCAAAAGCCGACUCCUCUGAUCGGCCAGAUCUCAUUGCCAUCCCAUGGCCAGAACCAUCGUCAACAGCCCAGCCCCCGGCAUCGGGAGACUCUGCUCAACUCUUCCCAAUCCGGUGGCCUUCAAAAUGUGGCAAGGAGUACAGGGUCAAGACUGAAUGGUACGAUUUUGGCAAACCUAGUGAGCUAAACAUUCAAGAGGCGAUACACCAGUUGGACGGUUCUUACAAACGCGUGGCCGGCUGGAUACACAUUGCCCAAGCACCUGCAGAGCAAGCCCCUGGUACCGUUCAAGUGAAAAUGUCGUAUGCAAUCUCGUCAACAGUCGAUAUCAACAGUGUUCCCUACACACAGACUCCAUCAGGACUGACAAUCGGCGAUCCUUCUUUUCCCGACGGCUUCGACGGUGUUCGGCCUGGUAAAGCUUGCCUUGGCAUGUCGGUGGUCAUUUACGUAGCCCCAGGAGUCUCGAUGAAGACGCUCAAAGUCUCAUCCAACCACAUGGGCAUGCAAGUUCACAAUGGCGCCAACUUUACCGUCACAGACUCAACAUCGAUCUCUCUCACUACCGGUACACUAGAUGCUGGAGCGUUCUAUUCGCGCCAAACUCACUUGCAAACCAUUUCUGGCUCCAUCAGCGGCAUGUACGCCCUCUUCGAUCUUCUUUCUGUCAAGACAAAGAGCGGCUCUGUCAACAUCAACGUUGAGCCCCAAGAAGCUGCCAAUGGGUCAUCCAGCCCUGCAGUUUUCAUGGUCGAUACUCUUUCCGGUAGCAUACGCACAGAUUUCAAACGAAAGCAUAUCCCCGAACGAGACUAUAAGACCUUUAUCAACACAACCGUCGGUUCGGUCGACGGUACCUUCAUCCACGGCUCGCGAACAGAAAUCAACUCAAUCGCAGGUCUCGUAACAGCCGAUAUCGUGCCAUUCAAAUCGGGUGAUUACCAAUCGGAGAUAUACACACAGACACACUCGGGUCAAACGUCACUGACACUACGCACUCCAUACAAGGCGAAAAAGACACCGAUGACUGGUCUUGUCAGCACGCAUUUGAGCACUUCUGGAGCCCUCGACAUCACCUAUCCGGAAGAGUGGACUGGUCAUGUUGACGGAACUUCUCUAAACGGAGCACUGCACCUGCAAGGCAAGGGGCUAGAACUGCUCAACGAAAACGACACACCCGGCAAAAAUCACGUCGAAGCGAAGAAGGGUGAUGGCGCUAGUACGUUGAGUUUCGACACUACUAGCGGAGAAUGCCAAAUCAAAAUCGGAAAACUGUGA